GCCAGAUAGCCAGAGUGUACUGCCCCCUUAAGGCGAUAGUACGAUUACCGCACACGAGAGGGCGCUGCCGGGGAUAUGCAGGCGCCUCGAAAUGAAAUCCAAACAAAAACAAUUGCACAACUGACAGCAGCGUGCGUCAGCUGUAUCGGUUCCGUUCGCGGUGUUCGGUGCGAAAUUAAAGUGCCUUGUUUGUAGUGCAGAUAAGCUGGUAUAGUUUAGAGUAACUUCUAUUUCUAAUACAACUGUGCAGUGUACUCUAUGCGACGGUUUACAUUGAGCCCGAACGAUGGUGUCGCAAAACAGUGAUAAAUGGAUCUCGUUGUUGUGGGGCGUUGCUGUGUCGGUGCAGCUGCUCACCGUAGCCCUUUGUGACGAGCCCAGCAAAUUGCAGCGAAAACUGACCGCCACAUUGAAUCCGGGAUGCAGAGAUAACUGUGAAAAUAACACCGCGAUCACGCUGGUACACAUUGCGGCCACAUCCGACACGGACACGAUUCAUUAUGUGUGGGAUUUUACUGGCAAGCCUACAAUCCUGGUGGCGUUGACGAGCAAGGAGGCUCGCUUCCACGUCGAUUGGCCGCGAUUGAUGGAUAGCAAGGCGGGUUCUGCGUACUUUACCGAAGUUCCGCAGUACACUUUCAUGGCAAUUAUCAAUCGAAUUUUCCAGUACGAUGAUGCGCACGAUCGAGCGAUGCUGGAUGAUGACACGAACGUGUUUGUUUACGAUCCGCACAACUUCACCUGGAACCGGAGCCUGCUGUGGUCGAACGAAGAGGACGCUAUGAUGGCAAUCAAUGCGGGUGAUGAUUUCCUAUUCAAGCUGAAUGCAUACUCAACGAAAGACCACGGCAUGGACUUUCCCCAUCUGCUGCACACGUCGAACUCCACCCAGAUCGAUAUAGUGUUUAACAACAUCACGAACCGGUUCACGAAUCCGCGCUUUGCGGUCGAGCUGCUGUUUGUCGUAUCGGAGCAAGCCGUGGUCGGAUCGGAGUUUGAGGUCACGAAGCGCAAAACGCUGGACGACGAGCAUACGCCGGGCAUUUUCGAGAUCGUCGACGUACUGUCGCCCGGUGCAUUUACUUUUUCGGCCGGCGGGUACAUAGAGUAUCGACCCGUUUCCUACACUCACCCCGAGCGCGAUGUGGCCACCUCGACCGAAACGCGCCAAAGCCAGCCGGUUACGGUGCGGUCACCGGCCGCCGCACUGCAAACGACCCUUGCCUACGCCCUGUACGGUAGCAAGCUGGACGGCUUUCUGGUGCAGGGCAUGAAUGUGUCGUUCGGUGUCAGCGAGGAUGGAUUCUACCGCAAGACAAACUACACCACCAUGACGUUCCAGGUCGGGUACGGUGUGCCACCGGUCGAGGAGCUGUCCGCGUUCGUGCUGAUCGUGGCCGGUAUCGGGAUCGGUGUGCCGCUGGUUGUGCUAAUCGCCAGCACCAUAUACGUAUGCGCCAGGAAGCUUCGCCACCGGGACCGAUUCCAGCAGCAGCGGCUGUAAUGUGGUGUCAGUUGGUGGCAAAUGUAUCUCUCUCUCUCUCGCUCUAUGUAUCCCUCGCCUUUCCAUUCCUUCAUACGUGCCUCCUGUAGCAGGGUGGAGGGCAAAUGUACGAAAAAUCCGCACCUGCCGUGCGUCACGAUAGCAAAUGUCAUUCUGUCCGAGUGCUGUAGAGCUGUGUUAUUCAAAUAAAAUAGUUUAAUUUUGUAGCAAAUGA